AUGAAAGAUAGAUUGAGAAUGGUGCUACAAGGUUGGAAGGGAAAGCUCUUUUCAAUUGCAGGUAAGGAAGUUUUGAUCAAGGUGGUUGCACAAUCGAUUCCUACGUAUAUCAUGAGUUGUUUUCAGCUGCCGGUGAGCAUUUGUAAGGAAAUUCAAAACUUGAUUGCUCAAUUCUGGUGGACACAUAGGGGGAGGGAUAAGGGAAUUCAUUGGCUAAAGUGGGAGGAGUUAUGCAAGGCCAAGAAGAACGGGGGCUUGGGGUUUAGAGAUAUUCAAGCUUUUAACCAAGCCAUGUUGGCUAAAUUGGCAUGGAAAAUUCAUACUGAACCACAUUCUCUCAUUGCUCAAUUACUGCGAGCAAAGUAUUGUACCAGGAAAAGUGUUUUGGAAGUAUAUGCAGGUCAAGGUUCCUCAUAUUUAUGGCGUAGUGUAAUAUGGGGGCGAGGUUUGAUGAAGAAUGGCCUCCACUGGAGAAUUGGGAGGGGUGAGUUAGUGGGUGUUUAUGUUGAUAGGUGGCUACCGACACCAACUACGUUCAUGGUCUCUUCCCCUCCAACUAUGCCCAUUAAUUCUAAAGUAUGCGAUCUUUUGACACCAUCAAGUGAUUGGAAUAUUGAGUUGAUUGACCGAUGCUUUCUGGCCCAUGAUGCUGCAACUAUUUUAUCUAUUCCAUUGACAGGAGGUAUGGCUAGAGACCGAGAAGUUUGGCACUAUGAAACACAUGGGCGGUAUACAGUGAGAAGUGGAUAUUUGUUGUAUUCCUAA